UAUUAAUCGUUGUCGAUAAUUAAUAUACUCGGUAUUUUAAUUAAUUCGAAGAAGUUCAAAAAUUUCUUAUCCUCCGCAAGUUUGUUCCAUAAAAUUAUAAUUUAUAUUUAUGAUGUUUUUAUUGCUUUCUUCUUCAUACACAUUCAUAUCUUUUCGUUGCCAUUUCAAAUCAAAGAUUUUUAUAUUUUAUCAUUUCUCCUCGGAUUCUGCUACACAAUGGACUUAAUUAUUUUUAUUUUUGGUAUUUUUUUCUCUGCUUGUUUGCACUUUCUGUUCGUCAACUUUUUGGGAUAAAAACAAACUUUAUACAAAGAAGUCUAUUGAUAGUAGUGAAAUUGAGACUUGGCGAAAAAAUCGACAACAUGUGUGUGUGUGUGUAUCUACUUUUGUGUAUAUCUAAACUUCAAUUAACACAUCUUGGAAUCUUAAAAUCUAUUAUAACAAAAAUUUUAAAAAUAUCUUUUUAAUACUCAUUAUCGGAGUCUUAAAGACAGUAUGAGUAAAAAUAUUGAUAACCAUGCAACGGUGAAAGUUUUUGCCGCUUUAUGGUAUUAUAUCACCUUCGAAGGCAAAAGCUCAUAAAGAGGUUUUGACCUUGGUUGAGCUCUAAACUCUUUCCUUAAAAGGUUAGAUCUGUCUGGGGUUUUCACUUUAUACUUAAAACUUCCGAAUUUAGGACACUUUUUAUGGAAAUGGAAAUAUAACUUUUCACACCAAAUGUAUUGAUGGUGGAAAUGAGGUAACAAUGGGCAAAUAUAGAAGAACUGAUCGCAAUUAUGAUUAUGCAAUAAACGUGUAAUAGUGGGAGAUUUCAAUAUAGACUGGGGUAUUGAGACCUUUUAUAAACAACAGUUGAGAGCAUUUUAAAUGACAAUGGAUUGGAACAAAAAACGCAAGAAUAAACAAGGACAACAAAUAUCUCAAGAACAAUUAUUGAUUACAUAGUCUCAAAUAUGCACACAAUAUAGAAGGUCAUAUUGAUGAAUAUCUUCAAAUAUCAGACCAUGAGACCAUUCAAAUAGAAGUAAAAAAAAUCCAGAAACUAGAUCACUAAUAAACAAACAAAAAAAUUCGUUUCAGUAUGACAAAGAAUAUUUCAAGCAGAAAUUUUUUAAAAAACAAUAUGGAAUAUGAAGAAGAAUGAUCCAUUGAAAAGAACGCGAAAAAGACAGAAACGAGUUUAAAGGAUAUAAUAAAAAGCCAUACAAGACAAAACAACAAAAAUUAAAAAAAACAGUGAAAGAUGGGAAAUAUACACGAAAAUUAGAAAUAAAUAAAUAUGAAACUGAGGUAAAAAAUGCAAAAAAAAAAUAUAUAAGUACAAUAAUACAAUGGUAUGAUUAACACCGAGAGACAAAAGCAAAUGUGGAGAAAGGAACUAGUUUUAUUAGAAGAAAUUUCAGAAAUUGACGGUAGAGUUUAGUGGAGUGGAAUGUAGUGCCAGCGCAGUAAUUUCGAAGAAAUUUAAUGAAUAUUAAAAGUAUUGAAGAAAUCAGCGAAUCGAUAGAGUAUGUUCAAUAUUGUAAUCAUAUUUAAAAUAAAAGCAGCGAAUUUAAAUUUAAAGAAGUUACAAUCGAUGAACUGUAACAUAUGUAUGAAGAUUAAAAAUAAGCUAGACUUUGAUAAAAUUCAUAAGGGAAUCUUGAUAAAAAAUUCGGAAAAAAUUUUAUAUAGCCUACUGCAUUGGAUUAAUAAUUCGAAAGGAGUCUUUCCUUAAUCACUGAAAGACUCAAUUAUAACGCCAAUAAAGAAAAUAAAUAAAGCAAAGAAGGUUGAAGAUUCAGGCUUAUUAAUACGUUAAAAAACAUAGAAAAUUUUUUAGAAAGUGUUGUCAAAAACCAAUGAAGGAAUAUUUGGAGAGCAAUGAACGUUCCCACGACAGUCGGGUCUACGUAACCGGAACGGACCCGGAUUUAUUCCGGCCAAGGACUGUCAACUCGGUAGAAUUCUGCCGCUACAACAACAACAACAACAGCAAUGAACUUCUUCCGAAGCUCCAAUCGGGCUUUCGCAAUAUUAUUAUAUCAAAUGAAUUCAUUUACAUUCUCUGAUUAUAUUAUUGAUGAAUGGAAGCAGAGAUCGUUCUCUGUCCAUACCAUCAGCAUUUUUGUCAAUUCAGGGAACUCCUCUCCAGCAACACAUGGUUCAAAAGCAAAACAAACCAGUCGAAACAAAUAAAUAAAAUUCCUUCGCCAUCAAAGAUUAACCGAAUAAUAAAUUUACUAAUACAUAAAUAGUCACACAAUGCCUAAAAUAAAAACUGAAAAGAAAACGCGGAUACACCAAGAGGUGCAAAAACAAGGCAUCGUGUUCAAUAAAGAUUUUGGCCAACAUAUACUAAAAAAUCCUCUUGUCAUACAAAGUAUGCUGGAGAAGGCUGCAUUGCGCAACACAGACAUCGUAUUGGAAAUCGGUCCGGGUACCGGUAAUAUGACGGUACGCAUGUUGGAGCGAGCAAAGAAAGUCAUUGCCUGUGAAAUCGAUACAAGAUUAGCUGCAGAAUUGCAAAAACGUGUACAAGCUACGCCAUUGCAACCGAAAUUACAAGUGCUUAUUGGUGAUUUCCUCAAAGCAGAAUUGCCUUUCUUCGAUUUGUGUAUUGCCAACGUGCCUUAUCAAAUCAGUUCUCCAUUGAUUUUCAAAUUAUUGCUACACCGACCACUAUUUCGAUGUGCCGUUCUAAUGUUUCAGCGUGAGUUCGCACAACGCUUAGUUGCUAAACCGGGUGAUAAGCUGUAUUGUCGCCUGAGCAUCAAUACCCAGUUGUUAGCACGCGUCGAUAUGUUAAUGAAAGUUGGUAAAAAUAAUUUUAAACCACCACCAAAAGUUGAGUCAAGCGUGGUGCGCUUGGAACCAAAGAAUCCUCCACCACCAGUUAAUUUCACAGAAUGGGAUGGCUUAACACGUAUCGCAUUCCUGAGGAAGAACAAAACUCUAGGUGCCGCGUUCAAAAUCAGUUCGGUGGUUGAGAUGCUAGAAAAAAAUUACAAAUUACAUUUGUCGCUACAUAAUAAACCACUAGAUUCAGAUUUGAACAUGCAAGCCAAAGUUUCAGCCAUACUACAGAAGUUGGAAAUGGAAAAUUCGCGUGCACGUUCAAUGGAUUUGGACGAUUUUAUGAAAUUGUUGUUGGCUUUCAAUUCCGAAGGCAUACAUUUCAAUUAAUUAAUAGUAAAUUAUUUUUAAAAUAAUUGAUUUUAGUUAAUAAGGCGACAAAGCAAUAAAAAAACGAACGGGAUAACCAUUAGCAAUAGGUAAUUGCUAACUCCAUGACGUCCUGCAAACCCAUAACAAAAUAAGCAUUUUAAA